GGAUAGAGGGCGCUGCUGUACACAAGAACAACUCAACGCUGAACUUUCGUCUGUCACGACAACAAAGUAUAACUUUCCUCCAUGGAGAGAACAAAUCUGCUGUAACUUACUGUGAGGAUAAACCAAUGGAAACAACAAAUAACAACAACGAGGACCCGAAAUUAACUCCAGACCCAGGAGGACAGAAGCAUGAUCAGUCACCAGCAGAGAAAGUGUUUGGUCGGCAGCUGAGUGAACCGGGGCGCUUUGCAUACGCUGGGUUAUGUGGAGUGUCUUUGGGCCAGCUGUUUCAAGGACCUGAGCAAAAAUGUUUCCGUGAGAUGUAUCUGGAGGGGCUUGUUCAGUGGCUGGCUCUUGAUGAGUCGGUCAUGCCGGUCAUGCAAGCGUUCCUGGCGGGGCUCGGGUUCGAAGGCACUGACACCUUCCUGUCCAUCUUGCACGCAGAGCCGCUGCUCGGAGCCGGAGCUUUACCCAUCACUCAGGAUCUCGUGUCUUUCUCUGUCAAAGAUGGACAUUAUGAUGCCAGGGCUCGAGUUCUGAUCCGACAUGUCAGCUGUCUGCUGCGUGUGACCCAACAGCAGCUGGAGGAUUUUGAAGAGACACUCGGAGAGAAAUUGAGAGAGGCAGUAGAGGAGAGCGAAGAAGAGUCAUCGAGAAGACAGAAGAAAGAGAGAGGUCGUAAAUUACGCCGGUACCUGCUCAUCGGACUUGCCACUGUGGGUGGAGGGACGGUGAUUGGUGUUACAGGAGGCCUGGCGGCUCCUCUGGUGGCUGCUGGGGCAGGAGCGGUGCUGGGGGCGGGAGGAGCCGCUGUGCUGGGAUCAGCCACGGGCAUCGCCAUCAUGGCCUCCUUGUUUGGAGCCGCAGGGGCCGGGUUAACAGGCUAUAAAAUGAACAAGCGUGUCGGCGCUAUAAAGGAGUUUGAGUUUCUUCCGAUGAGUUCUGGAAAGCAUCUUCAUCUCACUAUAGCCGUGACCGGCUGGCUGUGCAGCGGCAAAUACAGUUCGUUUCAGGCUCCCUGGUCCAGUCUUGGAGCGUGUGGCGAACAGUACUGUCUGAAAUGGGAGUCGCGUUAUUUAUUGGACCUGGGCUCUAUUCUGGAUUCAAUGUGGGAUGGGCUUUUUAGUGCUGUGGCUCAGGAGGCUCUCAAAUACACAGUGCUCUCUGGCAUAGUAACGGCUCUGACAUGGCCUGCCUCUCUGCUGGCUGUGGCCAGUGUGAUCGACAACCCCUGGGGAGUAUGCCUGAGUCGCUCGGCAGAGGUCGGAAAACACCUGGCCCAGGUGCUCCGGAGCCGACAGCAGGGAAAGCGGCCUGUCAAUCUAAUUGGAUUUAGCCUUGGAGCUCGUGUCAUCUACUUUUGCCUAGAAGAGCUCGCUAAUGAUCAAGGUAGUGAAGGUGUGGUGGAGGACGUGGUGCUGCUGGGGGCCCCUGUGGACGGAUCCGAGAAAGCAUGGCAGCGACUGUCCAAGGUUGUGGCUGGGAAGAUUGUUAAUGGAUAUUGCAGAGGGGAUUGGCUUCUUGGAUUCCUGUAUAGAAGUUCAUCAGUCCAGCUGUCUGUUGCUGGGCUCCAGCCAAUCAAUUCGCAAGAUCGCAAAAUAAUCAAUGUGGAUCUGUCAUCAGUGGUUAAAGGACACCUGGACUAUAUGCGUCAGAUGGACACCAUCCUAGUAGCAGUAGGGGUUCCUACCAGGGAAGAAGCUGGAGCCAUGGGUGGCAAACUACAGCUGGUACAUUUAUCUCCAGAAAAACCAGGCACUCCAGAAUCAGAUGGUCAGAGCAGAGUCAAAGGGGAAGCAUCUAUGGACAUUUCAAACAAUGAUACCUCAGACACCACAGAGGCAAAUGUAGAUAAAUACAAGACACAGACUGUAGACAGGGACCGGUGCGAGAGAAAGGACUCUGAGAAUGGCUGGGAUAUCCCUGAUAUAUCUGAUUUACUGGACUCCAUCAGUGAAUCUGAUGGCGUCACUGAUCCUUGUCAAGGGAGUGCACAUUCAACAUGCACUCUCGGAGUCAAGGAUCAUGUUGAACCAUCUCAAGAUCAAGGCAAAAUAGACAGAGAAGAUGAAAGUGAGACGGACUGUGAGCACACGUCCUGGGACUGGGACGACACAAACUGGACUACUGAAUGCACAAACACAACCUACCAGUCGCACACUGAAGCACAGGAGCAGUUAGUCAAUGGCAAACAUGCUGGUUCUGAGCCAAGAGCAAUGCAGUCAUGAAAUUUCCUUGAUUCACAACUCAUAAAAUGUUGAGUCGGGUCAAGAUGGUAAACCUCAUUCCAAGAAACUCCUGAGAUUCGCAUUUGCUGCUACCAAGAUUAGGGAUUAAGCGUAGGUUGCUUUGGGGGUCAAAUAAACACAGUGUUUGAAUGUCACAUGUGAAUCUCACAAGACUUUUAGCAGAAGAAUAGUUACCAUCUAGACCCCACCCAGAGUUUAAGUUAUCAGUAUAAGCUAGAACCAACUGGAACAUUGACUUUUUUUGUCAACCUGGAAUUGUCUAAUAAUAUCUUUGUUAUUUGUGUAUAUCAUGUCUAAUUAAUAGUGAUUUUUUUUUAAAGCACAAACACAACUUAUCUGUUGCAAACUGAAGCACAAUAGCAGUUAGUCAAUGGCAAACCUGCUUGUUCUGAGCCAAGAGCAAUGAAAUCCUGACAUUUCCUUGAUUCACCACUCAUAAAAUGUGGUUUGGGUCUAAAUGGUAGACCUGGUUCCAAGAAACUCCCGAGAUUCGCA